AUGGGUUCAGCAAUGCCGACCGCGUUGGACAUUAUAGUCCGAUCCUCCAGAGUAAACAUGGUUACUCACGAAAUCAUCCUGGUGCACGGUUUCAAGUCCCAUCUAGACGACGAAAAACGUCUGUAUAAGUUCAGAAACCUGCUAGAGAACUGGGUGAAACUCACUACGGAUUCUAUUCGCGACCGCGUCAACAUUCGGACCUUCGCCUUCGACGGUGAUCACAUCCUCCACAACGGAAAACAUGGGUUAUCGGAUGCCACCAUAAAACUGUCAAGGAAGUUCGCGACAACAUGUGAAGAUCCCUCGUCUCCUCUAUUCCGACGGAGAGUAGAAGAGGGUGAUCGUGAUCGUGAACAUGACCGCGCAUCAAGAUCCGCCGUAUUCAUUGCCCAUGGAUUAGGCACGUGGGUCGUGAAAGAUUUCCUCGUGCUCUUUCGCAAAGCCAAAAAUCGUGUUGAUCCAACAGGUUUGAUAUUCCUCGACGGUCCAGAUACUCCUCCCAACAUGACCCCCAUUGACGUGCGAUCUGAAUCUGCCGUAUCCCAAUACCUAUAUGAACUCACGGAGAUCUACAAGAUCCAAGCCACUCCGUUCAAGGUCAAUGAACUCCAGGACAAGCUGCGGACAAUCGACAUGAACUUCAGAUUGUUAACUAAUUCCCGAUAUGGGGUCUGCGAGGAGGCGAGGGACAAAUAUGAAGAACGCAGCGUGUACACCAUGAAGAUGUGGUGCGAUAACCUGUGGAUGUCUUCAAAUCCCCGUCUGGCGACUGAAUCUUCGAAAAUGAAGUCAUUCAUGCGAGGAGUCAACAAUCUCAUGCGUGUAGAGAAGGUGACAAAGAUGGAAGAGCAACUAAAGAAGCUCGAACCAUUGAAGUUAACCAUGUGUCUUGAAGAAGCCACUGCUCUCCAUAAGUUCUACGAUAUCCAACCUGAUGACGGCCGUGACGAUAUCGAAGCUGUUACGAAUUCUACGGCAAGCCAAAGUAGCAGUUACCAGGCUCCUGACGCUGAGAAAGGAAAACAAAAAGCCGACUCUUCUUCUUCCAUCUCGACUUCAAGACGCGGUAUCCUCACCCCCUCAAACUCGAUGAAACCGCUCCCCAAGAUCCCCGAGGAACGCGAGGCAGAACACCACCACGAGCAAGCCUACGGCUUCCGACCGAGCACGACCAACAACAGCCGCGGCGAGAAGUUCUACGAUUUCGACGACGCCGUGGCCCAGCGAAACGAGGCAGCAGACUCAGACGACCAGGACGCCCUCGCCGCCGCCCAGUCCAGGCUACAGCUAGUAAAGCGGCACCAGGAGCAGCACCUCGGCAAGACGCAUCUGAAGGUCCUGAUCACGCAGCGCGAGAUUAUCACCACGAGCCUGGCGUCCGGCGUGUGGAACGGCAAGCGGAUGGAGACGUGGGGCAGAGACGACUUCCGCGGCAUAGAAGACGAGAUGCACCACGCGUUCCGGGGCCUAGAGGAGUCCCUCGGCCCCCUGCACCGGGAGACGCUCGAAUCGCUUAGCGUGCUGUUCAGCGUGCGGGUGUCCCUGGUGAAAGUCGAUGUGCUCCCCCGCGACGCCGUCGCCGAAAUCCUGGACACGGCGAUGCAGCGGCUGCGCGACCGCGCCGCGGGUAUGCCGGACCUGGCGCUCGAUACGCUGAAGAUAAAGUACAAGGUGGCGGUGUCCCUGGCCCAGAUAUCAGAGCAGGGGGACGCGAUGCUGGAGGAGCUGCUUAAGGAGACCGAGGGCCUGAUUCUGACUGCGGGAAGGAGGUCUGUAGGAGAGCUGACGGCGCUGCGGUCGAAUGUCCUCGAGAGGAUUGCUGAGGUCCGGCAGAUGAGGAGGGGUGAGGAGUAA